CGGAAAUUUCUCUUCGAAGAUCGGUCCGCCAAGGGGCCCCCUUGGCCCCCUUUUUAUCCGUAAUAGUGAUGGAAGCACUGGCCGCAAACCUUCGAACUAAAAGACAUCAAGAAACUCCGGAGUUCGCAGAUGACUUAACAGUUAUGGUGGAUGCUUCCCCUGAGAAUAUGGAGGAGAUCACGAGCCUGAUGGAGAGGUUUACGGCAGUAUCGGACAUGACUAUUAACCGGGGAAACAAGACACUUGGUUGGUGGAUACAUCACCAAGGGGUGCGCCCCCCUGAGUUGCCACGGGUCAAAUGGGUGCUGGAAACGGCCCCGAUCAGAGUAUUGGGCAUCGUGUUAACAGCCAUAUGCAAACCAGCAUCCAACGAUGACUCUAUUUUAAAACCCGCGCUUGAAAAAAUUACCCAGUGGAAUGACAAACACACAUCGCUGAUGGGCAGAGCGUUGGCUAUCAACAAUGUGGUUUUCGCUUUGCUGUGGUACAGGUCGGCAAUAUGGGCCCCAAGCAAGGAAGCAGUUAGAGCCUUAAAGAGGCAAGUGGCCGUGCUAUUAUGGAGAGGGGACAGUAGGCUCCCUAAUGUCAUUAACAGAGUGGCCUGGUCAGCAGUUAUUCAACCCAAGGAAAAAGGAGGACUAGAGAUUCUGGACCCCAUUAUACAAAUCACAGCAUUGACAAUACAAUGGAUCAGGAGGCUUAUAUUUACUCCCCUCCUCCCGUGGCGUGCCAUGGCUUUGGAACAGAUCGCAAGAUUGGCCCCCCAGGAGGUGGAUCCCCUGUCCUGGUUAGAGGACCGUUUCUGCACUAUUCCACGAUACUCUAAGACCCACGGGGAGUCUGAUCGAAGAAUGGCCAGAACUGACUUGACCAAGGACGAUUUCUGGGUCAAGGCCCUGCGCGCAUGGCCCCAACUGCCGCUGCCUGACAAAGGGUCACCGGAUAGAUGGGAAGAGGUAGCGAGACAGCCGCUUUUUGGCAAUAUGUGUGUCACUGACUCAAAUGGGAGGGUAUAUUGUAGCUCUACCGCCGCUUGGAACUGUUGGGCGAGAAGAGGUGUAACAAGAAUUUGGGACAUAUGGGAUAGCGACGAAAGAAAAUGGAAAACUGCUCAACAAUUGAUGUCCAGCUUGAAGUCCUGUCAUCACAUUGAACAACAGCUGGACCAAUUAAUCUUCUCUAUUUCCCUGGACUGGGUGCGCAUUUUGCGAAGGGGGCCGAGGCUCCGGAAAGGGGACUGGGUUGCAAUGACGGGGGAUAGUGAGAAUGUAGGUAGGGUGAUGGAAAUACGAGAGGACGAGGUGUUGGAAACCCUCUUCCACCGGGGAUUGGAUAAUCGUCUUGUUUGGUAUCCGCACGAUGAGAAGAGAAGGUGGCAGAAGGCGGACUCGUUCAGAAUUAGGGUAGUGGGGGAACAAGAGGAAUGGGUAGCUUUCCUCUCGGAAAUCCCGCUUGCCAAACUCCCCAUCGACCCGCUGGAAUGGCAAUGUUGCCCGUCCGGCAAGAUCAGAUCCGGGAAAGUCAAGAAACUGUUCGACCUGUCUGUGAAAGUGUUAGUACCAAAGAAGAACGGAGCAAUUCGCAUGUGCAUUGAUUAUCGCAAGCUGAAUGAAAUCACGAUCAAAGAUGUGUAUCCCCUCCCCAAGAUUGAUGAUCUGUUGGAUGCGAUUGGAUGCGCUAAUUAUUUCAGCAAGUUUGAUAUUCGGCACGGCUUCCAUCAUAUUCUGGUAAGGGAAGAAGAUCGGUCGAAAACGGCCUUUGUGUUGUUUGAGGGUACGUGGCAGUGGGUUCGGUGUCCGAUGGGGAUUUGCAAUGCGCCUGCCACGUUUCAGCGAGCGAUGAACACGACGUUCAAGAACUUUGUCAACAAGACACGGCUGACGCAAGGGUUGAUUAACUUCUGCGUGAUCAUGUACAUGGACGACAUCCUGGUCUAUUCGGAAACCUCUCACGAACACGCGCAACACAUCGAAUGGACAUUGGGUGCACUGAGAGACGCUGGGUUCAAGAUUGCGCUUGAGAAGAGCGAAUUUUUCCUCUCGGAAAUUUCGUUCUUGGGCUAUGUCGUGACACGUGGAGGAUUGCGGCCAGAUUCGAGAAAAGUCGCGGCGGUGAAGGAAGUUCCGGUUCCUACGUCACUGACGCAGGUUCGAGCCUUCUUGGGACCAGCGUCGUACUACCGGCGCUUCAUCAAGGGCUUUGCCGCGAUUGCACGACCACUAACGAACCUGUUACGGAAGGACCAACCUCUCAGCUGGGACGCGGAGUGCCAACAGGCCUUUGCAACCCUCAAGGACGCUCUGGCAACGGCCCCUAUUUUGAUUGGACCGGACCCCUCGAAGCAGUUCAUUCUCAUCACGGACUGGCAACCAGAAGCUAUUUCCGCUAUUCUAGCGCAGAAGGGGAACGAUGGUCGCGAACACGUCAUCGAGUGCGCGUUACGAACGGUACCGGACGAACGAAGAAACGACUCCGCACCUCAGGGUGAGUGUUAUGCAAUAGUUUGGGGAAUCCAACACUUCCAUCCGUAUCUUUACGGACAAAAGUUUCGCCUCGUAACGGAUCACGAGCCUCUGCUGGCGCUGAAGAAACUCACCAACUACACGGGCAUGAUUGGUCGUUGGGCGGUGCGACUACAAGAAUACGACUUCGAUAUCGUCCAUCGAAAGACAGAGCGACACGAUAACGCAGACGGGCUGACACGUCUGCAUCAACUUGCCAAGUCUGAUAUCCAUCCUCGCCUUUCCUACUGUCUAAAGCCCCUCGCUGUCCCCGAUAUCCAUCCUCCCCAUUGGGUCCUGUGGCGCGAAGACUUCAUCGAGCUUUCGCUGUGUCUGGUGGAAGUACGGCGGACGUGGAUCGAAGACGAAGCGCACCCGCCUUGCAAAGAGCGCCUGGAGUUGCUGUUCAUCCAGGCCUCGCGAACCAAUGUGGAGGGAGAGCUUCUCGCGUUUCUAUUCGGUACGGUGCGGCCCGGCCAUCAGGAUCUCAUCACGAAAGAGCUUACGAUCCCGGUAACACAGCUGGCGGACGAUCUCCCUCUUUACAUCAUCUGGCAAGACGACGAGCAUCCAGUUCCCCAUGUACUUUCGCGCAUGUUGACACCUUAUCUUCAGUGGUCGGCUUGCGUAGAAGGAGCCGCAGAGCGCAUCCCGUCGUCGCAGCAACAAUACCUGGAUCCCCGGACGGCUCACGAUCCUGCCUUCUUCAGGCAUCUUACGUCUGAGCAGCUUGCGGUCAUUCGAGAAGAGGAGGAAGAGGAAGAGAGUACCGGGAGUGACGAAGACGACGACGGACUGGAAGAAGGCGGGAACAGCGACGAAGAGCUCGGGGAAGAAGACGAAACCCCGAAAGAAGGAAGCUAUAGCGAGCAUAGCGAGGGGGAACAGAGUGAAGAAGAAGAAAGCGAGGAAGGAGAAGAGGAGCACGACGAAGAGCCUGCUGGAUCAGAGUGGGAAGUCGUGCCAGAAGAAGCGCUGCGUACGGGUACGGAGGCUGAGGAUCCCGAGGCGGCCCGCAAAAGAGAAGAGAUCGUGGUCGGGAAGAAGGAGUUGGAAUUCGCAAGCGCGGCGAGUCUGCGCACCCUCGACGACCCAAGCCGGGAUCCGGAGCCGCCCCGGCCUGAAGAUGGCGACCUUACAGCCACAACUCCGACCCCAUCAGCGCGGCGACGGAGCCGAUCCCCCUCCUCCUCAACCCGUCCCCCAGUUCGCCGACGUACCGAUACGGGCGAUCGGUCUUCGUCCCCGAUCACUCUCUCAUCGUCCCCUUGACUACCUCACCCUCCGCCAGCUCACCACCCCCAUCACGUUCCCCUCCAAUCCGUUUCCCUGCGACACCUUCCGCCACUUCUACGCU